AUUUACAGGAAAAGGCCAAUCGCAGACAAUAAGCGCAAAGCAAGCUGAAUUCUAUUGGAUGUGGUCACUGUUGUUCCCUUCCUCUGCCCUGAUCUUCUUCUUUCUUCCACUUUUUAAAACAUUUUUAUUUAAAGACUCACUUCACCAUCCACAACGAACUAUCUCCCGCCUCGUAAAUAUAUAAAUUUAUCGAAGUUAUAGGUUAUCUCGUGAUUAUCUUUAGCAAAAAAUACAGACACAUCUACAGUUUCAGUGUCAGAAUGGAAUCCAGAACUGAGUUCAAAAUAAAAUCACCGCCAACCGAUGCAAUUUCCGCAGUGGAAUUUGGACCAAACUCUACACAAUUUUUGUUAGUAUCAUCAUGGGACAGUACAGUAAGAUUGUACGAUAUUCACACGAAUACAAUGAGAGUGAAAUAUAAUCAUGACUUACCAGUACUGGAUAUUGCAUUUCAAGAUGCUGUUCAUGCGUAUAGCGGCGGUCUAGGAAAUACUUUAAAGAUGUAUGAUGUAAAUAGCAACACUGAGACAAUAAUGGGUACACAUGACAAGCCAAUCAGAAAGAUAGAAUAUUGCACGGCUGUUAACGCAAUACUAACCGGUGGUUGGGAUGCUGCGGUAAAACUGUGGGAUCCAAGAACACCUACUUGCGUUGGUAGUUAUUUGCAACCAGAUGUAGUUCUUGCUCUGUCUGUAUGUGGUGACAAAUUUGUGGUCGGUACCGCAAAACGAAAAGUUUGUAUUUGGGAUUUAAGGAACAUGGCAGGCAUGUUUCAAAGACGAGAAAGCAGUUUAAAGUAUCAAACGCGCUGUAUCAAAGGUUUUCCCAACGAGCAAGGAUAUGUAUUGAGUAGCAUAGAAGGUCGAGUUGCCGUCGAGUAUUUAGAUACAAUGCCAGAAGCACAAAAGAAGAAAUAUGCAUUUAAGUGUCACAGGAUAAAAGAGAAUAAUGUCGAGCAUAUUUAUCCUGUGAAUGCUAUUAGUUUUCAUUCCACGUACAAUACCUUUGCCACAGGUGGAUCAGAUGGUUAUGUGAAUAUUUGGGACGGUUUUAACAAGAAACGUCUCUGUCAAUUUCAUCGGUACAAUGCGGGUGUGGCUGCACUUAGUUUCAGUCAUGACGGUUCGGUGUUAGCAAUAGGUGUCUCGUAUUUAAACGAGGCCGAAAUUCCACCAGGCGGUAGCGACGAACAAGAAAUUUAUAUAAGAUACGUCAACGAUCAGGAAACCAAGCCGAAGUAACAAGUUGUUUUAAAGAAUACUGUGACAAAAAGACAAGUGGAUUUCUUGCAUAUCUAAAUAUGUUUAUUUGUAUGUAAAAGAAGAGAGAUGUCUGAAAAGAAAACUUCGUGAGUAAGAAAUUGUAAAUAAACACUCUGACUGAAUUAAUUUAUACGUAUUAACGUAAAAAUUAUAUUUGUACGUGCUAUAUUAGGCUCAAAAUAUUUAUGAUUUCAAUAAACUAUACAUUUUAUACUAAAAAAUUUUAUGGAAUAUUUACUUCCGAAGCAUAUAUAAUAUGAUCUUAAAAGAUUUAUAUAAAAUGUUACAAAAAUGUGUGUA